CGUGCGUGCGUGUGUGUGUGUGUGUAUAUAACCCUCAUCUCUCACCUCAUGUCAGACUGAGGACAGACUACACUGAAACAUUGCAGGCGGCAUCAGCAGCAGCAACAACAGUUGCACUGAAACAAGGAUUGUCCUCUUUUCAGUAGUUUUUCUGAGUCCACUUUCUUGAGCCUGCUACGAGACAUGGCCCAAAAACUCACUUUGGAAGAGAGGGUACAGCAGAACAAGGCUCGGGCUCAGAGCAUGCCAGACGAGGAGAAGGUCUUCAGGUACAAGGGGAUCCUCUAUCCCACAAUCAUGAGCCCGAUGGAGAAUCUGGAGGCCCUUAGGACCCUGGAGGCGCGGCAAGAGGACGUGGUGCUGGUGGCCUACCCAAAGUGUGGAUUUCAUUGGAUGGUGGGAGUUCUACGAAAGAUCAUGUCAACAGCUGCAGGAAAGACAAUCGAAAUGGGCCCUCCUCAUUUAGAGUUUAUGUCUCCAGAUAUGCAAAAGGCGUUAGCACAAGAGGCUUCUCCCAGGCUAAUGGCUACUCAUCUGCACCCUGAUGAGAUGCAUCCCUCCUUCAGGGAGAAGAAAGCAAAGAUCUUGGUGGUCUGGAGGAACCCCAAGGACACGCUGGUCUCGUUCUAUCACUUCAUGAACAAGAACCCAGUGCUGCCCAGCGUGGAGUGGGACAAGUUCUUCUCAGACUUCAUGAGUGGAGAAGUGCUGUACGGCUCAUACUUUGACCAUGCUGUAGCCUGGGAGAAGCUCUUCAAUGACCCAAAUGUGAAGAUGAUCACAUUUGAGGACAUGAAAGAAGACUUGAUUAGGGGCAUCAGAGAAGUCUCACAGUUCUUCGGCUUCACCCUAACUGACGAGCAGAUCCAGACCAUCUCAGGUCAAAGCACAUUUGAUGCCAUGAAGGACGAUGCUAACAAAACCCAUGGCAAAUUCAGCCAUGUGGUGUUCCGUAAAGGUGAGGUGGGUGACUGGAGGAACCACUUCAGUGAGGCCCAGAGCCAACAGAUGGACGAGGAGUUCAACAAGAGACUAGCAGGAACCAAACUGGGGGCCCUGCUCCAAUACGACACCUAUUGCAAGUAGGGAGCUGUUACACAGAUGCAUUCUUAUCUUUGCCUGAGACAGGAUGGCACGUCCAGUCGAAGCACAGAAGUGAACACAAGCAAAUGAAGAUAAAUAUCUUUUUGAGUUUCAACUCCUGAACGGAAUAGUAAACCUCAAAUAAAACAAAACUAAAAGCUUUGAUGAAAUGUGAAGACCUACUGUACUUUAGCUCAAAAAUACCAUUUCACAUUGUGUUGUCAUCAUCAUCAUUCUUGUCAUCAUCUCCAUCAUCAGCAAAGAGAAAUGAAUAACGGAAGAGUCAAGUUUCCAGUUGUGACAGACUCAGGACACUGUCAUGAAACCUUUGCUUAUCCAAGAUUUGUCAAUACUUUUUAAAGGAAGUUUGUGUAACAUUUAAUUCCUGCUUCUGGCAUUACUUAAUAGUGCUAAUGCAACUGCCUUUGUGAAUGAAGAUUUUAUUUCUCUUUCAAAUUUACUUCCCACUCUUAAUUAUGUUAUAGGUGGUGUUGAUCCGGGGAUAAUGUCAUUUUGUAAUAUAGUUGACAUAUAAGUCACUUUGGACAACAGUGUCUGCUAAAUCUAAUUAACCCAUCUAUUAUACCUCACAUGAAAUCACAAUAAAUGUUUACCUUGUAAA